AUGUUAUUUUUCGUUAUAUUGUUUUUGUUCAAUAGCCGCCCAGCUUUUCAAUGCCAAUUUACGCCUGAGAUCAUUCCGUAUAUUCCUACAAUCUAUGGGAUUACCCCAACGUACGCUAGACUCGCUCAAAAGGCAGAUCUCACAAGGUUAUCACAAACUUUGAUGCUAGUGAAGAAUUUUCAUUGGAUAGUCAUUGAGGACUCUGAAACAAAAACCAAAUUGGUGGAGAACCUUCUCAAAGAGUCCUUGCUUAAAUAUACUCACCUUAAUGUUAAAACUCACAAAUUGAAACAUUCUACGGCAAGUGGUGUUGAACAAAGAAAUGUGGCUUUGAACUGGCUCCGUGAACAUUUACUGGAAAUUCAUGACAAGAGAGGAGUGGUGUAUUUUAUGGAUGAUGAUAACACUUACUCCUUGAAGGUUUUUGAUGAGAUGCGGAAGAUAAAGAAAGUUGGGGUAUGGCCGGUGGGCAUUGUUGGAGGAAUGAGGGUAGAAAUGCCACUGGUGACAGAUGGGAAGGUGUCCGGAUUUAACGCCGUGUGGAAGCCGUACAGGCCUUUUCCAAUCGACAUGGCUGGCUUCGCUAUAAACGCGACCCUAUUUAUAGACCAUCCCGAAGCGAAGUUCUCUAGGAAAGUGCAGUCCGGUUUUCAGGAGAGCGAAAUAUUGAAAUAUGUGACGACGAAGGAAGAACUAGAACCGCUGGCGGAAAAUUGCACCAAGGUCCUCGUGUGGCACACCCGCACCCAAACUCCGUCGAUCCUGAACCCGAAGAAGUUGAAGCACCCGCCAUUGCCCGACGGCCAUAUUGAGGUG